AUGGAAAGUGAAUUUUUGAUCCUUGGUCUAAGUGCGAUCAAUGUUGAGCUUAUUAAAAAUAUGACACUUGCAGGAAUUAAUAUUAAGAUGUGGGAUAAUAAUAAAACUGAAGUUACAGAUUUGCCGAACAAUUUCUUUUUGAAUAAAGAUGACUUGGGUAAACCUAGAACUGUCAUAUUAGAUAAAAUAAGAGAUAUGAGUCCUCUAGUACGUAUUAAUAUUGAGAAUGAGGAGAUUUUCAAGUACUGUGGGGGGGAAUUAAUGGAAGUUAAAACUAGUGAACUUCAAAAUGAAUAUUGGCAAACAAUUCAAUUCACUGGUAUUGUUAUUGCAUUAGAAGUCAUUCCUAUAAACUUGGCUUGUAAAUUGAGUAAAAUUUGUCAAGAUAAAGACAUUAUCUUUGCUUUAAGUAUAUCUAUUGGGACUAAUUUCUUUUUUUUUAUUAACAAUAAAAAAGUGGCAUUCCAUGAUAUGAUAUUAUCAGAAAAGGAUACUUUCUUGGAAUUAUUAAAUAGAUCUAAAGAUAUCCAUCCACAUAUAGUGUUUAUUAUAUACAUUAUUAGAACUAAAUUUUGGGAAUCUAGUGAGAAACUAGAGCUUUUGGAUUUGAUUGAAAUUAUGAGUAAUUUGAAAACCAAGCCUAGAAUAGAUAGUAAUAACGAAAUUAUAGAUCUUGUUCAGAAUUUGUCUAAAUCAUGGAAUUUAUCAAUAUCUCCUAUAGCAUCUAUUGCAGGAGGUCUCCUUUCACAAGAAAUUGGGAGGAUUUGUACGGGUGAAUGUGGUCAAUUUUUAUGCUGUGUUUUCAAAAUGGAUACUUGUGAAGCAGUAGUAGCUAGUUUUUAG